AUGGCGGCCAACAACAUGCUCAGCGCGGCCGUCAGCCCGGAGAGCGAAGACGCCCUCUUCGCCCAGGAGGUGGACCAGGUCAAGGCCUGGUGGCGCGACUCGCGCUGGAAGCACACCAAGCGGCCCUUUACCGCCGAGCAGAUUGUCUCCAAGCGCGGCAGCCUCAAGAUCGAGUACGCGAGCAACGCCCAGGCCAAGAAGCUGUGGCGCAUCCUCGAGCACCGCUUCCAGAGCAAGGACGCCAGCUACACGUACGGCUGCCUGGAGCCUACCAUGGUGACGCAGAUGGCAAAGUAUCUCGACACCGUCUACGUCUCGGGCUGGCAGUCGUCGUCGACGGCGUCGGCGUCGGAUGAGCCGGGGCCCGAUCUGGCCGACUAUCCCUAUACAACCGUCCCCAACAAGGUCGGCCACCUCUUCAUGGCCCAGCUCUUCCACGACCGCAAGCAGCGCCAGGAGCGCCUCUCCACGCCCCCCGGCCAACGCGGCCCGGCCACCGACUACCUGCGGCCCAUCAUCGCCGACGCCGACACGGGCCACGGCGGGCUCACGGCCGUCAUGAAGCUCACCAAGCUCUUUGUCGAAAAGGGCGCCGCCGGCAUCCACAUCGAGGACCAGGCCCCCGGCACCAAGAAGUGCGGCCACAUGGCCGGCAAGGUCCUGGUGCCCAUUAGCGAGCACAUCAGCCGCCUCGUUGCCAUCCGCGCCCAGGCCGACAUCAUGGGCUCCGACCUCGUCGCCGUCGCCCGCACCGACGCCGAGGCCGCCACCCUCAUCACCACCACCAUCGACCCGCGCGACCACGCCUUCAUCCUCGGCUGCACCAACCGCGACCUCGCCCACCGCCCCGCCCUCAACGACCUCAUGACGGCCGCCGAGCAGGCCGGCAAGACGGGCGCCGACCUGGAGCGCGUCGAGGACGACUGGCUCGCCGCCGCCCGCCUCAUGCGCUUCGACGACGCCGUCGCCGCCGCCAUCGACGCCGGCGCCUACCGCGACAAGGACCGCCUCAAGGCCGCCUACCGCCAAAAGGCCGCCCGCAAGAGCAACGCCGAGGCCCGCGCCAUUGCCAGGGAGGUGCUCGGCGGCCACGACGUCUACUUUGACUGGGACGCCCCGCGCACCCGCGAGGGCUUCUAUCGCCUCAAGGGGGGCUGUGACUGUGCCAUCAACAGGGCCAUUGCCUACGGCCCCUACUGCGACGCCGUCUGGAUGGAGAGCAAGCUGCCCGACCACAGGCAGGCCAAGGAGUUUGCCGACGGCGUCCACGCCGCUCUUCCCCACCAAAAGCUCGCCUACAACCUCUCUCCCUCCUUCAACUGGAAGACGGCCAUGCCGCGCGACGAGCAGGAGACGUACAUCCGCCGCCUCGCCGCCCUCGGCUACUGCUGGCAGUUCAUCACCCUCGCCGGCCUGCACACCACGGCCCUCAUCAGCGACCGCUUCGCCCGCGCCUACAGCCAGCAGGGCAUGCGCGCCUACGGCGAGCUCGUCCAGGAGCCCGAGAUGGAGCUCGGCGUCGACGUCGUCAAGCACCAGAAGUGGAGCGGCGCCAACUACGUCGACGAGCUCCAGAAGAUGAUUACAGGCGGCGUCAGCUCCACCGCCGCCAUGGGCAAGGGCGUCACCGAGGAUCAGUUCCACUAG